UCUGUGCUUCAUGUUCGGCACUGCUUAUCUUCUUCUUCCUUUUUAAUCGUUCGUCCUUUGGUCCGCGUCUCUCUCUCGAUCUUAAUUUAGUUAGAUUAGAGUGGAAAUCAAAAACCCAAUUGCUUUACUCUAAUAUAUACCUUAUCUACACAAAGAAACGGAGACAUCCCCUGUCCUCUUUCCUGUUUUAGAUUUUAUUUUUUUGUCUCUGCCUCUAUCUGUCCAUAGAUAAUCAUCAUCGUCGUCGUCGUCGCCAUUAAAGUAGCUUGAGUCAGACUCUGGGAUUUUUGUGGUCUCGCUUCCUCUUUUAUCUCUUUCCAAUUCGAAAAUAAUGUUGGAUACGGUUGAAAACCCUCUACAUCUUACAUCCUUGAAUCACAUCUCACUCGUGUGUAUUUCGGUUGAGAAAUCUCUAGAUUUCUACCAAAAUGUUCUUGGGUUCUUCCCUAUCAGGAGGCCUGGAUCUUUCGAUUUUGAUGGAGCAUGGCUAUUCAAUUAUGGAAUUGGGAUUCAUCUUCUGCAAUCAGAGAACCCUCUUGGAGAGAUGACGAAGAGAGAAAUAAAUCCCAAAGACAAUCAUAUCUCCUUUCAGUGUGAGAGUAUGACAGCAGUGGAGAGGAAGCUGAAGGAAAUGGGGAUGGAGUAUGAGAAGAGAGUGGUGGAGGAGGGAGGAAUUUUUGUGGAUCAGUUGUUCUUCCAUGACCCAGAUGGGUUCAUGAUCGAGAUCUGCAACUGUGACAAUCUACCUGUCAUCCCACUUACAGGAGGUGAACCAGUUCUUAUGUGCUCUAGAGUCAGUAACUUCAAGAAGCAACACCAACAGUUGCAGCGACAAGCCACGCAAAAGCAACAGCAACAGCAACAGCAGCAGCAGACUAUGGUUCAAUGCCUGCCUACUACUACUACUACGACUGCAGCAGUAUAUGCUAAGAAGGAUGACUACCUAUCUUGUGCAUAGAUAGUUCAACAAGACCCUUUAGUGUUCCUUUAUUGCUAUUUGGUGGCCCCACGGUCCAGACUCCAGAGCCUGCUUUGGCAUUUUUUGGUUGCCCAAAAUAAAGAGGACCAACGGGAGAAGAGUAGAUUAGUCCUGUUUUAGCUAGCUUUUUAUUUAAUUAAUUAAUUAAUUUUUUUGUC